AGUUUUUGAUAAAUUUAGAAUUUGAAUCAUAGUUUGAGUGCGUCUACGGAAUUAACCUUGGUUUUUUCAUUUUUUUCAGUUUGUAAGUACCUUUAGCGUAGUGGGUUCCAUGAAAACACAGAUUUAUUCUCCGAAUGAAGGAACUUACAGGAAGAAAGAUGACAGGCUGAAGGAGCUAUUUGAUGAUCUUGAAAGUGUAAGGGAAGAAUUUGAAUCCAUUGAGAGACCAAUUUUAGAUCUUGAAAAUCCAACUGUAAUAUCAGAGUCGCCAUCCACCAAGUCGCCGCUAAGUCCGUGGUUCCGAUUGAAGUCUUCAUUAAAAAAAUCAGAUCAAAGGAGGCUGAAAUUCGAGGUGGAACAUGACGACGAAGAAAAUUCAGAUUAUGAAACGGAUGAAAUCGUAGAAUGGGAAUACGAUGCAUUCGAAAAGGACCUAAUACCCAACUAACCAACCAAAUAUUUGCCUAAUUUAUCUGGUUUGCAUUAUGGCGCUAACCAUUAUUGUUUCAAAGGUUAGGAAAAAAAAUGUGUAAGAUAACUCGUUACUUAAGCAAAAGCUGCUGCCA